AACCGGCCGUCGUCGCCUGGACGGCAGCCUCCGCGGCUGGCCGGCGGGCAGCGGGCAGUGACGGUCGGCGUGCGGCGGUGAGCGGGGUGGACCAGACCGCGCGGUGUGUGAGACAGACUAGCGUGCCGUGUUCUGCAGGUCACAGCCAGGAUGAAGCACAUUCUAGCUGUGGCGGCGCUGCUGCUGCUCGCAGUUACAGGAACCAGCGGCCUGCGCUGCAUCGCGUGUCGGCCUAACAACAAGAUCGGCGGCGUCACCUUCCCGGCGGACCUGGAGGACCUGAUCCGGAGGUUCCCCCGCUGCUCGCAGCUGAACCCCAAGGACCCCGGGCUCGAUUAUGAGAUGCACUGCAGGAGCGGCCUCAACAGCUGCGUCAAAAUCCGGGAUGAGUUCGGAAACGAGCUCCGAACCUGUUUCCCCGGCUCUUCCACCGGCUGCUCCAAGAUGCCCAAGAAGGGUCAGGUGCUGUGCAAAUGCCGCGGUGACUACUGUAACUCGGCCGUCACCUCGACGCCGGCCCUGAUCUCGCUCUUUCUGCCCCUGGUGGCCGCCCUGCUGCGGCUACACUAGCGCCGCCCAGUGGCCGCCGCCCGAACUGAGCCCGACCGGGAGCAGCCGCAAGCCCAGCGCGGCGGGAUAUUUUUUGUUAAAUGUCUGUGCCUGUGCGCGCAUGUAACACGUCCGAGCGAGUGGCAUGAGCGACGACGGAGCGUUGCCGCGGGUAUGUAAGAGUAACUCUGUAAUCAGUGUUAUACGUUUUGAAUCGCCGUGUUUGCAUGGGACUUCUCAAUGGAUGGCGAGAUAGCGUUCCCGGCUACCAGCGCACCUCAGGCCGGCGGCUAGCCCCGACAAGCGGAGGCCGACCGAAGUGUGCGAACUGAUGACACCCCGGGCUUAGUGCCAGGCGCAUCACACGGUGGCACUCAGCCAGCCUCUCGUGUCAGCUCAUGACGGCCAGGAGCGCGGCGUCGGGCCCGACUCGACGCGCCGCACGACGCAGGGCCGUCAGACACCUGCCGCCGGUGCCGUCAACCGCUCACAAGUCGUCCUACAUAUCAUCGCCAAACACGUGGCCUCGUCGUGAAGUGAGCGUCUCAGGACAGUGAAAUAGAGCCGAGAGGGGUAGCUGUCGAUCGUUGAAUGUAGCCCAACGAACGCAGUCUUCAGAGCUUCCUGUCAACGUUUGGCGAGAGAGUGUACCCCAAAUCAAGAAAUAGAAUGGCGAUUUAAAUCGCGACCGGAUUGUAAAUAAGCUGCGCACCGCUCAGAGGCUAAGCUAGGGAACGUGUAAAUGCCGUGGCGAGCAGCGGGCGACACUGUGGACCGGGAGUGUAGGCUUAGAGCUUCGUAAGAAUAGAGGCGCUGUCGGUAGAGUUCGGGCGUUACUGUACCCACGAGGAAGUGUCGUAAUAAGUCCUCGCCCGCGUAUCGUUGUCGAUCAUGUACUCCCUGUGAGCGUAUAUAUCGCGUGCAUGAGUGUGUAUACGCAAGUGUAUGUCAAUGCAGAAAUCACGGAAAAUUCAUCACCAGCGAUGCCACUAGGGCACUGCGUCCAUUUUGGCCUGCGGUCUGUGGUACAAAGGAACAACAUCAAAUAAAUACAUCAAUGGUAUUAA